AUGGAAAGAAAGAUUGAGAUAGUUUCUAUGGAGUUGAUUAAACCUGUUUCUCCUACUCCUAAUCACCUUAAAUGUUUUGAAUACUCUUUUUUGGAUCAAAUGGCCAUACCCUUAUAUGCUCCCUUAGCUCUAUUUUAUCCUCCUCCUCAUUCAAAUUAUGAGCAAGCAAUCUCAAUCAAUUCAUCCAGAUUACUCGUUUUGAAGAAAUCUCUUUCUGAAACUCUUACUCGUUAUUACCCUUUUGCUGGUCGAAUCAAGGGCGUCUCAAUAGAAUGCAACGAUGAGGGAGCGCCUUUUUACGAGGCAUUUGCUCAUAAUUAUGAGUUCGAGAACGUUCUCAGAAAUCACGACGUAACCAAAGAUUUCCUCCCAAAUACUGUUGCUGAAGUUGGUUCUUCAGUAUUCCAUAAUUCAACUUUGUAUCCCCUGCUUGUCCAAGUCACACUUUUCAAAUGUGGAGGUAUGGUUAUUUGUAUGUGUGCUUUUCACAAAGUUGCUGACGGGGCCACGUUGUAUGGCCUCGCCAACGCCUGGGCAAUUGGUAGCUGCAACGAGUUACCUGAAUUCGUUGCAGCUGCCAAAUUCUUACCACCACCUAUCCCUUAUGUCUCUAACGGACCAAUGUUUCAAUUUCAAUUUACCAAUUUCUACUGUAACGAACAACGUGUUUCAAAACUAUUUUUCUUUGAUGCUUCUACUAUAGCAUCGCUCAGGGCUAAGGCAAUGAGCGAUGAUGUACCCGUGCCUACGCGGGUUGAACCUGUUUCAGCUCUGAUUUGGAAAUGUGUCAUAACUGCUGGUGCUGGUACUGGUGCUUCAAAAUUGGCGAACCUAGUAAAUAUGCGAAGGCGAUUUGUUCCUCCAUUGCCAGAUCAUUGUGUAGGAAAUGUUGUUGCAGUUGCCACAGCGUGUAAAGGCGAGAACGAUGAUGGAUCUGACUUGGCCACAUUGGUCAAUUGUAUAAGAAAAUCGUUGUCACAAUUGAGUUCCAAAUAUGUGGAGAAACAGAGUCAAGAUGAGGCGAUUUUCGCCAUUCCCUAUGACCUCAUGGAGAUAACUGAAGGGCUAAUCCGAGGGGAGAUCGCGUUGCAAGUUAGUAGCUUGUGUGGCUAUAAAUCAUAUGUUGAUUUUGGUUGGGGAAAACCGUCAUGGGUUAGUUCAAAUCCAAGGACAACUACGAAUAAUGUUCGAUUGAUGGAUUCAAAAGGAUUAUGGUGGAAUAGAUGCGUUGAUAUGUCUGAAAGAUAA